AUGGCACAGGCAGCGAGGAAGAAGGUCCUGCUCAUGGGAAAGUCAGGGAGCGGCAAGACUUCCAUGCGUUCCGUCAUCUUCUCAAACUACAGUGCAAAAGACACGAGACGAUUAGGAGCUACAAUCGAUGUCGAGCAGUCGGCAGUCCGCUUCCUCGGUGGUCUCGUCCUGAACCUAUGGGACUGCGGCGGCCAAUCCGCCUUUGUCGACAACUACCUCUCCUCCCAAAAAGACACCAUCUUUUCCAAUGUCGCCGUCCUCAUCUACGUAUUCGACAAUACCACCCCCGAAUGGGAGUCCGACCUGUCCUAUUUCGAAGAGAUCCUGCUCGCCCUGCGCGAAAACUCGCCAGAUGCUGGGGUAUGGUGUUUGAUCAACAAGAUGGAUUUGACGGACAAAGAGGAUCCAAAGAGGCGGGGGUAUGAGCAGAGGAAGGAGGAGUUGGGGAGGGUGGAUGCGAGGGUUGGGGAGGAGACGGGGGAGGGCGCGAGGGGGGUGAGGUGUUAUCCGACGAGUAUCUGGGAUGAGACGUUGUACAAGGCGAGUCCCCUGCUUUCUGUCCAGUCUGUGCUAAUAAAGAUACAGGCAUGGUCUUCAAUCAUCCACACCCUCAUCCCCAACAUCUCCCUCAUAACCUCCCACCUAACUUAUCUCCGCGACCUCUGUCUCUCCGUCGAAGCCGUCCUAUUCGAAGCCGAAACCUUCCUCGUCAUCGCAAAGAGCGGCAGUCCGCUCGACUGCGAUCCGAGCGACCUAGACCAGGUCGAGAUGAAGAAUGGGGUCAAAGAGCUGGAUGCGCAGAGGUUUGAAAAGAUCUCUGAAAUCAUCAAGGGCUUCCGGAAAGUGUGUCAACGCAAUCAUGAGCAGUAUCAAGGGUUCGAGUGUAAAUUCGAAGACUGCACCGUCGUUCUCGAGCCGCUCACGCGUAAUACCUUCAUCCUGCUCAUCUCUACCGACCCGCGGACCGAACCCGGGCUCAUGCUGUACAAUAUCCACCAGGCGCAGGGGCAUAUGGCAGAGUUUGGAGGGAGGAUGAGUUUGGGGAGGAAAUGUGGGCUCUGUGAGCGGGAAGGAGGAGGUGAGGGAGGGUAUGUGGGUGAUCAGGGAGAGGGGAGGGCUUGGGAUGAUGCGGAGAGGGAAGAUAGGGGUGUGGUGUGGUGA